AUGAAGGGAGUGCAUGUCUCAAACUAUGACAUCGUCAGAGUCUUGGGCAAAGGCAGCUUCGGAGUGGUCCGCCUCGUUCGAGAGAAAAGCAACCACACAGGCAGCAUUCGAGGCAGCGACUGUCAUGUUGAGUAUCUUGACCGCUCAUUAACUCCAGGCAGUGCGAAUUCGUCGGCACCAGCCCGGAAAGCGAAACAGGUCUUCGCAAUGAAGGUAAUUAGAAAGUCUGACAUGCUCCGCAACAGCCAAGAAGGGCAUCUACGAGCAGAGAGGGACUUCUUAGUCGCAUCAGAGAAUUCGCAAUGGGUUGUGCCACUGGUGGCUGCAUUCCAAGACAAUAACAACCUGUACCUUGUCAUGGAAUACAUGAUUGGGGGAGACUUUCUUGGCUUGCUCCUCCGAGAGGACAUCUUAGAUGAGAACGUCGCCAAGUGGUAUAUCGCUGAGAUGGUACUUUGCAUCGAAGAGGCACACAAAAUGAACUGGAUCCAUCGCGAUAUCAAGCCCGACAACUUCCUGAUUGCCGCUUCCGGUCACCUCAAAAUCUCGGAUUUUGGCCUCGCCUUUGACGGUCACUGGGCGCACAAUCAGACAUACUACAACGAGCAGCGGUACAAUCUACUCCGUGAUUUGGACCUGCAUGUCCAAGGCGAUGCACAAGAUGUUGAAGAAGAGAAGGAGCGGCAAAGUGCUCGAAGGACUUUGGAUCUCAUUAAUGGCAGCACAACGACACGUGGGCGUUACGAAGGGAAGAAGGAUGCAGCUAACGGACCCAUCAUCGAUUGGCUGAAUCGCACACAAAGGCGUCAAUUCGCCAAGAGUGUCGUAGGCACAAGUCAGUACAUGGCGCCAGAGGUCAUCAGAGGCGAGAGCUAUGAUGGUCGAUGCGACUGGUGGAGCAUUGGUAUCAUAUUAUACGAGUGCCUUUACGGAUGUACGCCCUUCUUUUGCGACAAUCGGCAAGCUACGAAAGCGCGGAUACUUGAUCAUCGGCGCUGGCUGCGAUUCCCACCCGAGCAGCGUUAUGCUCGUCCUAACAUUGAUCGCGUGCCACUUAUGCCAGUCUCGCGAAACGCCAUCGAUCUUAUGAUGAGGCUUUUAGAAGAGCGGCAAGAUCGGUUAUCUGCGAACCGGUAUCGCGAAAACGACUGGGUUUUGCGCGACAAUGCUGUAGGCAGCCGCCGCAUGCGAAAUCUCAACAGCACAGGUCACAUUGUGUUUCCGAACGACGCCGAAGACAUCAAAGCGCACCCCUUCUUCCGAAACAUCCAAUGGUCAACAUUGCACAUGACACGGCCGCCAUUUGUGCCCCGCGUUCACGGCGGUCAGGUCAUCACCAAGUACUUCGACGAUGAGGCCGAGAUCUUGAGUGAAACAGACCACCUAGACUCAUCAAGCUAUGAAGCCGCGCAAGUAGAAUGUCUAGCUGUGCCCGGCGCGGCAGAUGUACUCAGCAACGAAGAAGCGACGCCGACCGCUUCGCCUGGCCCCAAAAUGGACGGUACCGGUAUGCCUACCCCUCCUUACGAGCAAAUUUGCAAAUCAUUCCAGAAGAUGAGACGACGCAAGAAGGAAAAGAAGAGGCCGCGCGACAAGCUGCUCCGUGAUCCGCUGGUUGGCCGAACUGUUUUGGAGAUCCGGAAAAAGGGUGCAUUUGUAGGGUACACGUAUCGCAGGCCGAGGUUCUCGCUGCCGGACUUGGAAGAGAAGGUUGCCGCUACGAGGCCGCAUAUCCCACGGGCUGGUGUGGUUGCUGGGAGUGUUUGA